GGGCGGGGGUACGGCAGCUGGGAGGGGCCGCGGCUGUCACCUUGGCCAUGGCGGCCGGGCCGCCACCGCCGCCGGGUCCUCCCGUGCUGCCCGUGUUCAGGGAGGAGGGAUUCGGGGACAAGUUCCUGCGCAAGACCCGCGAGAACCCCCUCGUGCCCCUCGGCUGCCUGUGCACCGUCGGCGUCCUGACCUACGGCCUGAUCUGCUUCAAGAAGGGCAACACCCGCCAGUCCCAGCUGAUGAUGCGGGCGCGUAUCCUGGCCCAGGGCUUCACCUUCGCGGCCCUGCUGGGGGGCAUGGUGGUCACGGCCCUGAAAUCCAGACAGUGACCUCGGGCAGGAGAGGAGCUGCGGCCGCGGGCCAGCGCCCACCACCCCCAGAUGGAUCCUGGCUGUGGAUGGAGUUUUCUGAGGGACUGUCGUGAUGUCUUGGUCGAGCCACUGCUGGAGAGGCUGUGUAAUCCAGAGCACUGGAAAUGGGGUGAAUACACUCUGUGAUUAUCCUGAAA